UGUCUAAUAAAGCAUCUGUCUCUCCUUAUUGAGUGUUUUACUAUAGAGAAGCUGGGCCGCAGGCCUCUCAUGAUUGGGGGUUUUGCUAUGAUGGGUAUCUGCAGUACUGGGAUAACACUGGCCCUCAUUCUACAGGCUCAUUUGUCAUUCAUGCGCUACAUCAGUGUCUGCUGUGUGGUGGGCAUUAUUGCUGGCUUCUGUAUUGGCCCAGCUGGAGUGCCGUUUCUGGUCACGGCAGAGUUGUUUAAACAAUCUCACCGACCUGCAGCCUACAUCAUAGGAGGCUCACUCAACUGGUUGUCCAACUUCACUGUGGGAUUCGUCUUCCCAUUCUUACAGAUGUCAGCCGGAGCUUACUGUUAUUUAGUGUUUGCCACCAUUUGUGCAUCUGUUGCCGUCUAUGUCUACAUUGUGAUCCCAGAGACCAAAAACAAGACCUUCAUGGAAAUCAGCCAGAUGUUCUCGAAGAAAGAAGCAGUCUUAGAGACCCAGAGUCUGAUCCAUGUUGACCAGCUAAAGCUGCGGAAGCUGAAUGGCUACGGUGGUCUAGAACAUGCUUCGGUGGAGUUUGACAGCUCUUUGUCUGUACCUUAACUCAGACUUCACAGCCAAUUCAUUCCUUUGGUAUGUACAUUGUAACAAAACAACACCUCACCUGUACCCAGUGUGCUAUAGCUGAGUGAAGUUAUUCUGUCAACUGAAUAUUUAUAUCCAAGAUUUGUAAGAAAAUUUACUUCAUGGGUGCUAAUUCAAAAGUAUUACUCUGGGAGCAUGGUGACAUCACAGGACUAUACAUAUAGUGAAACAGCCAGACAGGUUGGAAACAAUCAACCUGUAUGGUACGCAGACUUAAGACAAAUGUCAUUACAUUUGAAAAACCCAUUUCCUCUUCGGCCUGCUGUAAUGGACCAGACCUGCCUAUGGAACGGACUGUAACUCCCAACAACCCUAGUUUGAUAAUUGGGUAAGAAAAUAGACGAGAGUGUUAUACAGAGUUUCAAUGGUUGUUCUACACUAAAAUACUAGUUUCAGUUUCCCUGAGGUACAUUAGGUAAGUGCCCUUGUUCUAUCUCGACCCAGCAAAUAAAUAUGUUUUUAUGUCAGUCAUGAUUUCAACCUUGAUUAUCUUGGUGAGUACGGUGCUAUGAAAAAUGUUAGCAGUGAUGUACACAACUGCAAGAAAUUGUAACCACAACUGUACUUAAAAAAAUAAUAACUGUUUUAAUUAUGUUGUCUGUGGAAGGGAAAGUAUUUUCAUGAAAAACUAAAAUACAAAUGACCUCUGGGGUCAUGGAAAAACAGGUCAUUUUCAAAUGAAGCCCAGCUAGUAAUUCUUCUGAAAGGUAAACUUCAUUUCUCUCCUCACUGUAACCAGUCAUUUUGGGUUCUACACUUAACCAAAAUACAAGUGAAAAAAUAAUUGUCCCAGAAGGAGCUCAGACACCAGCUGUUUGUCCCUUUUGUGUGUCAUUUUACAUUUUUUGGGUUCAAGCAGCUGAUGGUUGUUUAGGUUGUUAGUUUCUUACAACUGACAAGUUCAUAUUCUGUUUAGUCAGCAUUAGCAUGUGGAAUGGGAAGCAAUUAAUUAGAUAAGAUCUUUGUUGGGACAAAGAAAACAUGAGAGGAUGAGAUUGACGCAGCUAAAGGAGAAGUUGCUUUAUAGAAAUAAUAAAUAUUAAACAAAUUGUUAUUUCUUUGAUCAUGAAAAACCUCAGAUGCUGUGGAUACUGUUACUGCUACUGCCCUUUUAUGUAUAUUUUAAAAGAUGCUUACUGCAGACAGUUUGGGUGGUAAAUUCUGUAAAUUGGCUUUUUAGCCAGCAUGAGUGAAAUGAAAUCGGACAUGCACAGAAUAAACUGUCUUCCUUUCAGUAGGAAACAAGAGCUUGUAGACACAACAGCCUGUAAGAAACGGGUUGUGCACAGUACCACACACAGUACAUGACAGAAAUACAUCUUUUUUGAAUCUUUUGUAGUCAGUAAGUCACAAUCUAAGAAAUCCAAAUAACAAACUGCAUGUUGUUAAAUGUCACCAUUUGUUCUAUAUGUAUAUUACCUGAUGUUAAACAUGAUGUUUUCUCAAGUUGGUCCUGAUAUUUUAGACUGUGUCAUUACGCUGUGCUGGUUGAAUUGUUUUGCAAAGUCUGCUAAAAUAUAAUUUAUACAGAAAGUGAAACUGUUUAAAUACAUGAAAAUGUGUACAUAAGUCUAAAAGUUGUGAAUUGUCAAAAGAUAACUACAUAAAUGAA